UGAAGCCGCUGUUGUAGCAUCUUGCCCGCCAUCUUUCCUGAUUUUGCCAUAGCUGUUGUAUGUUUCACGGAUUCAGUGCUGUGCAUAGUUCGUGGCCAAACUACCGCCCGAUUUGAAAUUUUCAUUUCGGAGUAAUAAUCUUUAACGGUGAAUAGUAAUCUGUACUUAAACCACCAUGGCGAGGUCAUUUAAAGUGGAUAAUUGGGGUUCACUCUUGUUACAAAGAAUACAACAACUCUACGAAAGGGGAGAGCACUGUGAUAUCAUGUUGAAGUUUCACACAGGAGAAGAGAUUCCGGUCCACAGGAUGGUUUUGCAUGCUUGUUGUAGUUUUUUUGCUGUUUUGGAAGGCACUGAAGCAUUGGAUAACUCUACUCUGCACCUACCCUCGGAGCUUACCAGAGAGGCAUUAGAACCAGUGAUCAGGUUCAUGUAUACAGGUCAACUUGAUAUUGGUGAAGGCUCAGUUCCAACCCUAGUGUCAACUGCCCAAUUUCUUGACAUGCCUCUCCUUGAACAGUUACUUCAGACUCAUGCUCUUGCUGCUACAAACAGCCCACCAACACCAAUAACACCUAAACCAAAAAUAAACAGAGCUCCAGUUAGAGCUAAUUAUUCAGUAUCACCAGCAGCAAAGAAAAUGAACAGGGCAACACAAAGACAAGAGCUUCUACCCGCAGGGCCAAGUCGAAUAGAUCUUGAGGUUGGAGAUUCUGCUUGUGAGUUUGGAUCUCUUCCUAAACUGUCAGAGUUAUUAAUGGAUACCCCAUCCACUCCAAUGAAUCCACCAUUAUUGCCUUUGGUACGAAAAGGUAGCAAUACUCCUGUGGUCAAACGAGAUCUUAAGAAGGCAGAAAAAACGUUUGAUGAACUGAAGAAGACGAUCACGCCUUCUGCGAUUCGCCGACCAAUCACCAAUACUGGAAGCACAAAACCACCCGAGGCCAAAAGGUUACGAGAAGAGGAUAUUGAAAGUUUCAAGGAAUUGCUCGCCGAACAAAAGAGAAGGACAGAACUGGCAGCCGAACAGGGAGAAGACACUACGGCAACUUACGAUGCUGCUGCUGAUAUUGGCUUGGACGAUUGGGGAGAAGAAGACGAGGAUGAAGAAGUAGAUUCCCUUAACGAAGGAUCUAAAGAUGACUCCCUCAAAGGGCAACACAAAUCUAUCUUGAAAACGGAGGCUUUAUCACCAGCAGUAGAAGGAAAGCGAGUCCACUUCAUGGUGAAUGAAGAAUCUGGUGCUAAUGCAUCAGCUAUGGACACAUCUACUGUAGAAGAACAAGUUGAUAAUGAAGAAAGAAAUAUGGAACAACUGAUGGCCGCAGCAGAAUCUGCUGGUGGAGCUGCCUCAGCUUCACCAGAUAAAGAUUCGUCUACUAUAACGAUUUUUAACGAAAAUUCCGAGGUUUUACUUCGUGAGGUGGUGUCCAGUAAUACAUCGCCGAGUCAAGUGCAAGGCCGGAUGAUAGCUGAAGUACUUAAACGAAACCCGAAUUUAGUUUCUAGUGGGAAAAAUACCAAACUAAAGAUCGUUCAGAGAAGCCCAUGGUGGGCCAAGGCUCGUGUUAGUUUUGUCCUUUUAAAACCGACGACAGCUGAUGAAGAAAACGCCACCAAUGUUGGUUCCAAGCCUUCGAUACUGCGUCAACAUAAUGCAGCCGCUGCGGGAGGAAGGAAAAGUGGAGCUUCGGGUUUGGGUUCGAGUGGUGCUAUUGCAGUUAAUAAACGCGUUUCGCCUUUUGACAACGUGACUGGUCCUUGGAUCUGCUAUGACUGUCUGCAAACGACUGAAGACGGUCAAAGUGCAGCUCUGAGGCUCAAAACUUAUUUUGAGUAUCGGUGUCAUCUGAUCCAAACUCAUGGUUUCAAAUCCGAUUCUCAGGCAUGCGAAUAUUGUGGCCACCGAGCCGUAAAGCGCAAUCAUAUGUUGUUUCAUUUGUUUACUGUUCAUGGAGUUCCACCGCCGGCUCACACUAAAUUCCCGCAAUGUGAAGAGUGCGACUAUGUCGCCCUAACAGCCUCCAUCAUGCGCAAACAUUUACAAAAACAUCAGGAAGGUUCAGAAAAUCAGUGCAGAGUUUGUAGCGAGCCUUUUGCUUCUCAGCAGAACCUGCAACAGCACCUUCAUGGCACUGGUCAUUUACGUGGCCACGUGCGUAAUAAUCCCUGUCCUGCCGAAGGAUGUAAUCGUGAGUUUGCUCGUGGUAUGAAUCUUAAGGCGCAUAUCAGGACUUGCCAUAAAGAUUUGGCCAAACAAAUGGACGAAGACGGUUGGCCGGUAAGGUUAGAGGCUUCUGUAGUGCCAGACAGUGUUCACGAACCAGUCGUAGAAGAAGAUGAUGGUCAAAUGGGGCAAGAAGUAUUGUUAGAGGCGCAAUCUGUGGAGCAGAAUGAGGCUGGGGAGAUGACGUGGGUAACCACUGGAGACCAAGUAGUGCAACUAGCCCAUGGUGACGCAUUCUCAUCUGAUACAACUUUAGUCACGGUAGACGCAACAGGGACAGAAGCUGAGGCCCUAUCAAAUAUGGCUACAACAAUCGCUACUUCUCUGGGUAUUCCCAUGGGUACUGCCACUACUGUUACGACAACUGAAGACGGGAUAACUGUUGCAUAUUUGACAACAUCAGAUGAGCAUGGUCAACAGUACAUCACGGUUUCUGGUGACGCAGUCGACGGAGAUACAGUAGCUCUUGUUCACGGUGACGAUUUGGUGGAAGAAUCAAUGCCGCAAGAAGAGACAGAUGGUUUAGAAGAAGGAACCAAAAAUAUGGAAGAGAAUAUGAUGGAGAAUUAAUUCCUUGCUUUUUUCAGGUUUUGUUGUAUUUCCUGUUUUUCAUCCAAACAUUUUAGAAAAAUGGGAUCUCUUUUCAUUAACAAAAAUCUUUAGUGAAUCGGUUUUUUGCUGGUCGAUGUCAAGGAGACGUAAUUGUGAGGUGCAUACUCGCGACGAAUUUCCAAUGACCUUCGAUAGAGCGGAAUAUCGACUGAUUUAAUGACACGUGCGAUCUUCAUCAUUUAAAAACAUUGGGUUACAUUCAUUUAGAUUUCAUUUGUUGAAGUAAUUCUUUUGGAAAGAUGACAUACCUUGGCUUUGAUAAACGGCAUGGUCACUGUCUGGUUAUCAAUAUGUUUCAAUUCAAGUUCACCCCAUAUGCGGACGACAGCGUUACGGGGAGGUAUCUGAGCAGUCAGUGAAAAAUCUACAGCAAUCUUGACAGAUGAAUUCUUUUCUAUUCCUUCACACAUGUACACCCCAUCAAUACCCAGCAGAAGUUUCCCAAUAAACUGAACAUUAUUAUUAC